AUGGCCGAAAAAGAAAUCGAAGACCUUAAAAAACAACUCAAGGAAGCUAGGGCGCGAGAGGAGAACGAGCGACGCGAAAAGGAAGAAGCAAAGGCGCGUGAGGAGAACGAGCGACGCAAAAACCAGAGGACGACUUUAGCGGAGUACUUGUAUAACUGUCACUUCGACCUGUACCAAAAACUCAGGCUCGCUGGCCCGUCGGAGAGCUCUACUGGUUUGGCGACAUCGGUCGACGGUAAAUACUACCCAAGGUGGCUUCGCCCUUGGCGUGCCUUUACCGACAGCCAGCGACAAGAACACUUCGACGACAUCAUCCGCAUCUGCGGCGAGAGGCGAGUUUUUCAACAAGAGAGCACAACAAGAGAUAACGGAAUCAAUUUCGAGCGGAAAAAAGCCGAUCUCACGUUUAUAAAUGGCAUUCGCAACUUUAAGGAUCUUAACGAAGAUAUUGGAGCUGAAACAAAAACGGGGAGGGGAAAGCAGCAACCUGACGGAGGUGGCAUCCGAACAGGCAUAGACGAAAACGAGAGCCCAGCUUUCAUGUAUGAUUACAAGGCUGCGCACAAGUUUGCCGUGGAGGAUCUCGAGGCCGCUCUUGAAAGGGAGACGCUGUUCAUGGAUGUCUACGAGUGGGCGCAAACCGACCAGUACAAAACAGACUCGACGCUUCGAACGAAAGAGCGAGAAGCCGCGCGGAUUACCAUGGCACUGAUACAAGUCUUCAAUUAUAUGUUGUGGUAUGGGGUCGGGUAUGGCUAUGUCGCCGCUGGAAAAUCUUUGGUGCUUCUUUAUUACGACCGAGCAGAGCCACUUGUUUUGCGCUGGCACCUCUGCGUGCCAGACAAAAUGGUGAUUCGACCAACAGCUGAGCUUCAUGUCGAACAAGUGUCUCAGACUGCGGUUGCUCAGCUUGCUAGCUUUUGUCUGUUGAGCCUUCGCUCUCAGGCGCUUACGGGCCGUCCGCUCAAGGACGCAAUGGACCAGGCCGAGGGCAUUCUGAAAAAAUGGAAAAGGGAAGCUUACACGGACCCGGUUACACCGCAGGAGUCAGAUGACACAGAUUCAUCUUCAUCUAUGCCCUCGCGCGGCACAGAUAAAACUUUUGCUUGUGAUGAAUCCCCGGUGGCUCGAAAAUACCCUUUGCGAUCGAAGUCAUCGUGCAAGGAUUCUACGGCGCCUCUCGAGUCGCGCGAUGAGGACGAAGAAGGCGGAGCAGAGGGCUAUCAACGCCAGCGCGGAGCAGGAGCCAGCGUCAACAAGGGAGAGAAGGACUCCAGUAGGAAGAGCAAAGACAAAGGCACCGGGGGCUCUGCUCCGGCGCCCACGAAACAAUACUGCACACAAGCCUGCCUUCUUGGCCUCAAGCUGGGUCGUAAACUAGACAGCCGGUGCCCUAAUGUGCUCUAUCACGGUGUUGGCGGCAACACACGCCACCCGAUCGACGCUCAGGAGUUGACUAAACUCAUGAGCGAGCAGCUGCGUCAGGACCCGUACGGGAGCUGUGAUGCCCUCAUCGGCCGGCGCAAAUAUGGUUCUAGUGGAGUGCUGUUCAAGUUAGAACUGGCACGCUUCGGCUACACUUUUGUCGGCAAGGGCACCGUGUCCGCACGUCCGACGCGCCUGGAGCACGAGUGCAGUAUCUAUCAGCGACUUGAAAAGCUUCAGGGCGACGUGGUGCCUGUGCACCUGGGCAUGGUCUCGUUCCGUCCUGGCUACCUCUUGCCUGGCGGUGCGUACGUGAUCCAUAUAAUGUUGAUGUCAUGGGCUGGGGUGGCGAUGGAUACGACGCUGUCAAAUCUGGAAUGGGAGGUGCAGCGAUCCAUACAAACGAUCUAUGAGAAUGGCGUGAACCACCAAGACGAACGUGAGCCCAACCUGCUCUGGAACGCUGAGCGAUGCCGCGUGAUGGUGAUCGAUUUCGAUCAGGCAACCGUCCUACCACCACCUAAACACAAGCGAUUGCUUGGACACGUUCACGCCGGGGAAGGACCCCAUGCGAUAAGAAAGGCUAUCAACUUGCUCUUCCCGGACCGGCCUGAGACGCCGCACGCCGGCCAGCUGGUUGGGCACUACAGUGACGAAGGCUGGGGCGAUGUCGUCUUCACAGUGUCGCAUGAUCUAGACACCAACAAGACUGUUCUCGUUGGGCCGCGAGAGGAGGCCACAUUCAGGCACACCUUCGUCUUGGAACACAUUACGGGUGACUAUUGGCUCGUAAAAGCCGCCAUGCUGGGCAAUAGUCGCUACACAGAUAAGUUUUUCAGUGCGAAAUUCGUGGCCGGUUGGGAUUUUUAG